AGUCACUCUUGUGACAGAGGAGCACAUUUGUCAUGAUCAUAAAUUAGCCGUAACGAGGACAUUUACGUUGCAUUAGUUUUAAUGAAAAUAUUUCUUGCCUCUUGCGCAUAGGCAUGUUUUUUUACCAUUAUUUUUGAUUUUAGUAUGUACACAAAUAACGACACAGAGGUUUCAUUUAUAUAGAAUUAUAGUAAUUUUGAAAUUUAGUGAGUCAUUUAUGUUCCAAAGAUAGUGAAGAGGUUAAUGUUGGCAAUAAUAUUUAUUAGGCAUUUUAUGCUGGGAAUAUCUGUUUAUUCUUGCUAUAUGACUUCAUGUAGGUUGCAGAAACUAAUCUACAAUUAUACAAAGUCUUAAUAAAUUUAAAAAAUAAGAGUCGCAUACAUUACAGAAAGUAAAAAUAUUUACAUAAAAAGCUGAACACAGUGAAAUUUGGAAAAAAUGGCAUCAAGAUUCAGUGGAGCAUUGCAAAUUACAAAUCUGGAUGACUUCAUCACACCAUCGCAGGAAUGCAUUAAACCUAUAGAAAUGCAGGCAAACAAAAGCAAAACAGGUGCAAAGAUAAAAAUACAAUCGGAUAAUGCCCAUUUGGCACUCAAUGAAAUUGGGCAACCGGAAAAAUUACAAAAAGUUGAGAUCACCCUUGCCGAUUGUUUAGCAUGCAGUGGUUGCAUUACGUCUGCUGAGAGCGUGCUAGUUACUCAACAAAGUCGAGAAGAACUACUCAGGGUAUUUCAAGAGAAAGUGGCUCACCAGAAUAUAGGAAGUACAGAUUCCAAAUAUAUAAUAGUAAGUCUGUCAGUGCAACCUGUAUUGUCAUUGGCACAACGCUAUGAACUUACCCCCGAGCAAGCUCUCUGCAAAUUAGCAGGCUUUUUUUAUCGAUUGGGAGCUGAUGCGGUGUUAGACAUGACAAUGGCUGACGAUUUUGUUUUAUUAGAAGCUGCCAAAGAGUUUGUCGAGCGAUAUAAAGCCAGUAAAGAGGGUGCAAAAAAUCAAUUACCAAUGUUGUCCUCUUCAUGUCCGGGUUGGGUAUGUUAUGCUGAGAAAACUCAUGGGAAUUUUAUAUUGCCACAUAUAAGUGUCACAAAAUCACCUCAACAAAUUAUGGGAUCGUUAGUAAAGUACCACUUAGCUGAAAUUAUGGGCCUGUCGCCAGAACAGGUAUACCAUGUAACUGUAAUGCCCUGCUAUGAUAAGAAGUUAGAAGCUUCCAGAGAAGAUUUUUAUAAUCAACAACGAAGGACGAGAGAUGUGGACUGUGUCAUAACAUCAAUUGAAUUGGAACAGAUGCUAAGUGAGGAUGGUUUAAUGUUAAACGAAAUAGACGAAGGUGAAAUUAAACAACCAUUCGGUUCCUACAAUGAAGAAAUUGGAAAUAGAUUGUGGGGCCAUAGUGGCUCGGGAUCAGGUGGUUAUGCAGACUUCAUUUUCCGUUACGCGGCGAAGAAUCUUUUUGACGAGGACAAUGUCACAGUGGAUUUCAAAAAUCUCAGAAAUCCCGACUUCCAGGAGGCAGAAUUGAAAAGAAACGACCAAGUGUUAUUAAAAUUCGCUAUUAUUAAUGGAUUCAGAAAUAUACAAAAUAUAGUUCAGAAAAUGAAAAGAGGCAAAUGCAUUUACGAUUACGUUGAAAUUAUGGCAUGCCCGUGUGGUUGUUUAAAUGGCGGAGCACAAGUGAGACCUGAUGGGAACAUUCAACCCCGAGAACUUGCGUCGACAUUAGAAAAUAUGUAUCGUAAACUUCCGCUGAGUAAACCCGAAGAAAACAAAGUGGUACAGAAUCUGUACAAAACUUGGCUGGGAGGAGAGCAUACAGACAAAGUUAGCGCGUAUUUCAACACGCAGUACCACGAAAUACAAAAAAUGAAUACAGCACUCGCAAUCAAGUGGUGAUGUAACAUACAACGAUAUGUUAGAACAAUGUUAUAAUAUUAUUACUUAUAUAUAUGUAUAUAGUAUAUAUAUUUUGUAUAGUAAGUUCAUUGGCUGAUUUACUCUUUAUUUUUGUGGUACAAUAAAAAUAAAUAAAUUAUUAAUCAA